UAAAUCACUCCUCGGGAAGAGAGGGGCGGUCCACUCCGAGCGAGUCCUCUUCUUGUCGUUCUGGCAGUCGCGUGGUCGCUGGCUGGGUGCUUGAGGGGCUCGGUCAGUUCCGUGCUGUGGCUGGUGCUGGAGAGACGAGAAGAAGCGAGGCUUGUGCUUGAAGGCUUGAGGUCUCAAUAUUGCUGCAACUUCUAACAGUGAAAAUCUGUUUGUAGACUUUAAAACCUCUUCCAUCAGAGCAAAAUGUCUACCAAUGAAAAUGCUGGAGGAACAGCUGUCCGUCUAAACAGAUUCAAGAACAAGGGGAAGGACUCCACAGAAAUGAGGCGGCGACGGAUGGAAGUCAAUGUGGAGCUUAGGAAGGCCAAAAAAGAUGAUCAGUUGCUUAAAAGAAGAAAUGUUGGCACUUUUCUUGAUGAUGCCACUUCACCUCUACAGGAAAAUAGGAACAAUCAGGUCACGGUCAACUGGUCUGUUGAAGAAAUUGUUAAAGGCAUCAGUAGUAAUAAUAUGGAGCUCCAGCUGCAGGCUACACAGGCUGCCAGGAAACUGCUCUCCAGAGAAAAGCAGCCCCCUAUAGACCAAAUAAUCCAAGCUGGCUUGAUCUCCAAGCUUGUGUCCUUCUUGGGAAGAGCUGACUGCAGCCCUAUUCAAUUUGAAUCUGCUUGGGCACUAACCAACAUUGCUUCUGGCACAUCAGAGCAGACAAAAGCUGUAGUAGAUGGUGGAGCAAUACCUGCCUUUAUUUCCCUGUUGGCUUCUCCCCAUACUCACAUCAGUGAACAAGCUGUGUGGGCUUUAGGGAACAUUGCAGGUGAUGGCUCUGCUUACAGAGAUUUAGUUAUUAAAUAUGGUGCACUUGAUCCCCUCUUGGCUCUGCUUGCUGUUCCUGAUCUCUCUUCUAUAGCUAUUGGGUACUUGCGCAAUGUAACCUGGACCCUGUCAAACCUCUGUCGUAACAAGAACCCUGCACCACCAAUAGAAGCUAUUGAACAGAUCCUUCCUACUUUGGUUCGCCUGCUGCACCAUCAUGACCAUGAAGUUCUGGCAGACACUUGCUGGGCUAUUUCUUACUUGACCGAUGGUUCCAAUGACAGAAUUGAAAUAGUUGUAAGAACAGGGCUGGUACCACAACUAGUAAAGCUUCUGGGUUGUGGAGAAAUUCCAAUAAUGACUCCUUCAUUAAGAGCCAUAGGAAACAUUGUAACUGGGACUGAUGAACAAACUCAAGUUGUAAUAGAUUCUGGAGCACUUGCUGUCUUCCCAAGCCUACUUACUCACCACAAAAGCAACAUCCAGAAAGAAGCAGCAUGGACCAUGUCUAAUAUCACUGCUGGCCGUCAGGAGCAAAUCCAGAUGGUUGUAGAACACGGACUUCUCCCAUAUCUCAUUGGCAUCUUGCAAAAGGGGGACUUCAAAUCUCAGAAAGAAGCUGUAUGGGCUGUAACCAACUUCACAAGUGGUGGAACAAUUGCCCAGGUCAUAUACCUUGUCCAGAGCGGAGUUUUGGAACCACUGAUGAAUCUCCUGACAGCGAAAGAUGGCAAAACUGUGCUCGUUAUUCUGGAUGCCAUUACAAACAUAUUUGCAGCAGCUGAGAAAAUUGAAGAGGUUGAAAAGCUUUGCCUCCUGGUCGAGGAGUGUGGAGGCCUAGACAAAAUUGAAGCUCUACAAUCCCAUGAAAAUGAACAGGUGUACAAGGCUGCUUCCAAUCUGAUUGAGAAGUACUUUUCAGCCGAGGAAGAAGAAGAUGAGAAUGUUGUGCCAGAGUCCAGUACUGAUACUUACACUUUCCAGAUUCAAGGUGGACCUGGUGCCUUUAAAUUCUAGAUCUCUUGUAUGACACAGCAUCCAACCUUCAGUCUGUCUUCUGUCUUCUCCACUUAUCUUCUAUACUGCCACUUUUUUCUAUGUGAAUGUGAAGUAACACUUCAGUUACAACUGAAACUACUUGAACAGUUCACUGCAGGCAUUGCAUGCCUUGUGAACUGGCUGUCUUCCACCUGUUGUAUAAAUGUAAAUUUUCCAGUUCAGUAUUUCCAAACAGUCCUUCAGUAAUGGGAGGAUUUAUCUACUUGCUGUAUCCAUGCUAAGUUUGGAAAACAGAAAUGGCAUCUGGGUCUUUAUAUCCUGAGCCACAUACAUUGAUUUCCCGAGGGAAAUGUAGUAACAUCCUGGCAAAAUAACCAUCCUAAGGGGGUUCCUGUCACAAAAGGUUUGCUUUUAGGAUCCCACCAAAUUGUUUUUAAAGAAAUACAUUUUCAAACAUAAUAAACUGAUAUCUGAAUAUAACAUAA